AUGAGCGGUCUCGCCGACCCCCCGUCUAGAAAUACCGUAGUUUCUGGCGCUACAGAUGCGCCUGGCAGGAUACGAAAGCUUCCUCUCCUCUCUUCCUCCGUUCCAUCUUCCGGUCCACCGAUGGGUGAUCCUAUGGAGGUCACUCCGCCUGCUUCAGCAGCGGCAACGGGCGCUGGGCCCUCGGUCCACAACAAUUCCGACAAUGAUCGAGCGGGCGCAAACACUAUAACCACUUCCAAUGGUUCUACUGAACCUGGGCAUGUACACAAUCAUGCAGCGCCCAGCCAGGCCAUCGGAGCUGCGGCUGCAGCCCAGCAGCCCAAGGUCGUGCAAACUGCCUUUAUCCAUAAGCUGUAUAAUAUGCUAGAGGACCCAAGUAUCCAACAUCUAAUUUCAUGGUCCAACACUAAUGACAGCUUCGUCAUGUCGCCUACUUCCGAAUUUUCUAAAGUUCUUGCCCAAUACUUCAAACAUACCAAUAUCUCGUCGUUCGUAAGGCAACUGAACAUGUACGGGUUUCAUAAAGUAAGCGAUGUGUUCCAUACUGGAUCUCCAGACUCAGCGCUUUGGGAGUUUAAACACGGCAAUGGCAAUUUCAAACGUGGCGAUCUGAUUGGGUUGCGGGAGAUCAAAAGGCGAGCGUCUCGGCAUGCGUUGAUCCAUCGCGACUCGUUUCCGGGCCACAAAGCCGUUGCCUCCCAACCUGGCACACCAGCCGAACCGGUCCCUGAUGCCACUGAAGCUCGCCUGAUGAAUCUGGAGCAUACAUUGUACGACAUGCAUAACCGCUUGAGUCGCGCCGAAGAAGGCAAUGCAGCACUCAAUGCAAGAUGUCUAGCCAUGGCCGAGAGCUUGAGCAGGUGCUAUCAUUGGACACAUUCAAUCUCGCGCUUUCUGCAAGGUAUGAUUCCGGAUCGUGAAGGUCUCCUGUACAGAGAUGUUUCCAGUAUGCAGGCAGAACUGGAGAAACACCUCGACAGCGUGCGAGCCCUCGAGCAUCCCCCUGAUCCGUAUCUCUCUAUUCGACAGCCUUACGUACCAACUGUAUCAGUUGAUCCAGGCCCGCCUCUAUCCCCGCGUCAAAUGCCACAGGAAGACAGUCGUCGGCCUUCGAUGAUGGAUACGGCCAGACCUAACAUGAUACGACCACCUGUUCCUUCACAUCUAGCUGUAUCGCCUCGUAGAUAUGGCUCAAUUGGCGCGGCAAAUUCUUCCCCAACUUACGGCCGCCCGCAGGUCCCGACAGUCAUUCCCCCACAACAGCCGAUGCCGCAUCCUCUUUCAUCCGUCUCUUCCCCGCCGGGCCCAAACUUGGCUCGUCGACAUACAUCUGCAGACAUUCGGCAGCAUGGCUGGCCGCCCCCUGGCGUGUCCCCAUUCCAGUCUGCUCACCAGACUGCUACAGCAACAGCUCCCUGGUCUCCGUCACCACACCGAACCCCGACUUCAAGUGACCAGCAGGUUCGAGAAGUUCUGGCACAGUAUGAGAUGGGAGCACCACGACGUCUGCAGGAUACCUCGCGUCACGCUACCCCUCCCUUGAAUCCCGAUCAAACACGCCCGGACCUACCACCGAUAAUGGUUGGACAUUGGGUCCGAGAUUUCCUCGGCAUGACACCUCUUUGCCUGCGACAAGACGGUCAAACCCGACGAGGAUCAGCACGCAAUGAUCGAGGAUCGGAAACGAAAGCGUCUGGAGUAGAUGAACAUUGGUCACCUUCUUGA